AUGAGUCGUGAGUUUGAAAUACAUAUCUCUGUACAUGUGCUAAAUGAAGCACGUCGAGGUGAUUACGACCUCUAUAAAAUAGGGUACGAAGUAUGCGACAAUGAUAAAUCCAUUAUUUUUACACCUACCAUAUUUCAAGAAGCGUUUGCAGCUUUCACCCACGAUACAGAUGCUAUAUAUAAAGUGGAUCCAGAGACGUUACGUCGCAGAUUGGAUUACUUUCAAUUUGAAUCGGUAGUACCGCCAGACGUGGUGACUAAAAUUGAAAAUAUCAUCAAAUAUAUCGAACGACAUUGGGACGACGACUAUAUCGGCGUAACUAUUGUAUAUGCAGAAUGA